AUGAACGCGCCUCCCGCCUUCGAGUCGUUUCUUCUUUUUGAAGGAGAAAAGAAAAUCAGCAUUAGCAAAGACACGAAGGUCCCCAACGCCUGUCUGUUCACGCUGAACAAGGAGGACCACACUCUAGGAAACAUCAUCAGAGCGCAGCUGCUGAAGGACCCUCAGGUGCUGUUUGCUGGAUACAAAGUCCCUCAUCCUCUGGAACACAAAAUUGUGAUCAGAGUCCAGACCACACCGGACUAUAGCCCCCAGGAGGCCUUCACUAACUCAAUCACUGACCUGAUCUCAGAGCUCUCUCUUCUUGAGGAACGGUUCCGCGUUGCCAUCAAAGAUAAACAGGAGGGGAUUGAGUGA